UUUAGUUAAUAAUAAUUAAUUUAAAAACUACAACUAAGAAAGAAAAUGAACGAUUCAGCAAACAAUGAGAUGGCAUAUAAUUUCUCAAACACACAAGCGAUUCCAUUGAUGAUGUACCAAUCUGCUCCUAUGAUGGCUACAACAAGCAUGGGAUUUGUGGUCCCUACUUUCAUUCCACAGAUGCCUAUAUCUCUUGAUAGUUUCUGAUUAUGCGACACUCCAUUUGCCUCUUCUCCAAUUCAGGGAGCUUUGGAAGAGUCAAAGAAGGCUUCAACUGGAGGAAGGAGACUUAAGAAGGACAAAUAUUUCAGUUUGUUUAAAGAGAAAGCUGACGAACUUUGUAAAAGCCUCUAUGAAGAUAUCUAUCAAAGCGGUAGACUUUCUGUAGAGAGCACUUAUGUUAGGAUGGGUUCCAAGCCAGCCCAGUCCCAGAACAUCAAGAAUCCUAACAAUAGAUCGAAGUACAUCGGAGUUGCCAAGAACGCUUCUAAAUGGCAGACUCUUGUGUGAACAAAGAAGGAUAAAAUCUUCCUAGGAAACUAUGAGACUGAGCAAGAAGCAGCCAAAGUGGUUGAUUUCUACUCAAUUCUUGUAAAAGGAGCUAGAGCUAAGGUUAAUCAGGACUACAAGGUCGGAGACGUUAAACACAUGGUGGAGGACUUCAUUCAUAACGGAUACAACUUCAACUCUAUGAACUUUCUUUAA